AAUGAAAACCCCACGCUGUUACAGGAGUGAUGAGGAAGGAAGCGCGCACAUGCCUUCAAAGUCUUCAAACAAAAGUUUAAAGAGAUAGAUAAUUACUCAUCAGGUAUUUUCAGACCCAAUCACCCCGGGGCAAAAGUCUAUCCGGGGUCCCUGCUCUCGAUCCUCCAGUCUGCUCGGCCAGAGAGUUGACCUGAGACCGGGCAGAGAGAUGAAGACUCUGCAGAUCAUCCGAGAGUCCCCGGGUCCCAUUCUGCAGCUGCAGCUGCUGCUGCUUCUGCUGACAAGGGUUUGCAUUUACGGGUACAAGCCUGUCAUCAUCGUUCAUGGCAUUUUGGAUGGACCAAAACAGUUCAACACGAUGGCUUUUCACAUAAACAAGGUGCAUCCAGGCACCGAGGUGACAGUGAUUGACUUGUAUGAUAACUUGGCCAGUCUGGAGCCGAUGUGGAAGCAGGUCCAAGACUUCAGGAAAGCCUUCAACUCCAUUGUGCAAAAUGCUACUGAUGGCGUCCAUCUUGUGUGCUUCUCACAAGGUGGUCUAAUUUGUCGAGCACUUCUGUCCAUGGCUCCAGACCACAACGUGCACACCUUUGUUUCGCUAUCAUCACCACAGGCCGGGCAGUAUGGAGACACAGAAUACCUGAGGAGGGUAUUUCCUGACUGCACAAAAAAGAUAGUGUUUCAUUUUUGCUACAACAGAGUGGGACAGAAAGUGUCUAUCUGCAACUACUGGAACGACCCUCACCAUCGUCCCCGGUACCUGGAGGGCAACGACUUUCUGGCUAUGCUUAAUGGUGACAGACCUCACAACAACAUGAAAGCAUGGAGAGAAAACUUCCUGAAUAUCAAGAAGCUUGUGCUGAUUGGAGGACCAGAUGAUGGCGUCAUCACACCGUGGCAGUCCAGCCACUUUGGAUUCUAUGACAGCGACGAAAACAUUGUAGAAAUGAGAAACCAGGAGUCUUACAAGAACAACACGUUUGGGCUGAAGACGCUGGACGCUCGAGGCGACGUGUCGGUGUGCGUUCACUCUGGAGUGAAGCACAUUCAGUGGCACUCAAACUACACAGUGUUUAUGACCUGCAUAGAGAAGUGGCUCACAUGAAUAUGUAUAUACAAAUAGAAUUCACAAAUGCUUGCUCUUGUUUCUCUUCUGAACAAAAAAGGCUUCUAUAGACAGAAAAAUAUGGUCUUGAAUUUUUAGUGCUUUAAAAUUCUCUCAAUAGAAACAUCCUUGAAUGGUCCUGAAUAUUGUGGGUAACAGUCUGCAGUGAGCCACGCAUUGUGGUAAACCAUUAGUAAUGACCUUAUUCAUCUACAGUGGAAUGGUCAAUCAUCUGCUGCCAUCUGGUGGUAGUUAAUGAUGGUUCAUGGUUGAUGGUGUCUUGUCAAGGCUGAAUUCAAUGAAAACUGAUUUGUCGUCUUUUCUUGAGGGUGAAACGUAUAGGUGUUUAUGUUUCUGCCUCAUGUAACUUGAUUUUAGUUGAUCUUUUAAAAAUAUGUGAGAUGUUCUUCUGUAUUAAAGUGUUUUGUAUGAACUAA